GAUGUGUUAACAUGAAGGAAAACAAAUGAGAUAAGAAAGACGGAACCUGUUGGCUGGAGUCCUUUGUGGGGGUCAUGUUGUUCUGGUGUUUAAAGAGGAGGCACGCCUCAACAGUGGCAAUGUUACUGAUUGUUUUCCCCAUUUUUCAUUUCUUUGUAAAUGGCAGGCCAAGAGUGGGUGUCUAAUCAUAUCAGGAAAUAUUUGUUACAGUAUCAAAGGGAAAAAAGAAAACGCAAAUUCUGAGAAAGUUUUAGCAGAGACAGGAUACAGAUAAGUGAAUCAGGAUACAGAUAAGUGAAACAGGAUGCAGGUAGGUGCAUCCUGUUUCCAAAACACUGGAAGCUGAUAUUCAAACUAUUUUACCACAGCAGUUUCUCCCCCUUCCCAAUGAUUAUGCUUACUGGAACAAUUGCAUUGAACGGAACCAGUGAUAACACCUGCACAUGUACUAUAAUAUGUCAAAAUGUCUGCAGUGAAAAAGGUCUGUCGCUCAAACCACAAUCUGCAGUUAGGCAACACAAAUAUUUUACACUUGCACUGCCCAACUUCAAUAUAUCUGUAAUUAUAAAGCACAUAGCUGCAUCCUCUUCGUGUUUCCCUUAUUACAUAUUUUCUUAAUAUUAGCUUUGCCCCGUGGCUUCAUAAUGAUGGGCUUACCUAUGGGUUUGUGCAGUACAUUAUAUACAAACAAUAGACAAAGCAAACACCCGUCCAAGCUCAUUUACACAGUGAGUAAGAAUGCAGGGCAAAUUGUCUAAUUUACAAAGCACAGUAAAUUGUUUACAUAUUUUGAAUAAGUUGAAUGUAUUGCUCAAUAUUAUUACUUGGAUUUAGUGUAGUUAGUUUUAAGAUGAUUGUUUUGGCAUUUCACCCCUAUAUAUCAGUCACAGUGUUGAGUCAGUCAGUCAGUCAGUUGAAGAUUUGGCUGCAAUAAGUGUCAAUACUUGAAACUAAAACAACUAACACAAGCUUUAGAUGGAGAGCUAUUAGGCAAAUUAAUUUGAUAAUCAAUAUCAGUUUAGUUGUAAUCAUACAUUGGUCAUAUGUGGUGUACUUUGAUGAAAUUAUGUUCAAUUCAAUUCAAUUAAAUUCAGUUUUAUUUAUAUAGUGCCAAAUCACCACAAGUCAUCUCAAAGUACUUUUCAUAUAUAGCAGGUAUUUUGUUGUUGAUAAACUCUCAGUCAGGAGUUGAAUGACUCAGUAAUCUCUCAUUAAAUACACAAUAACUACUAAAUGAAACUCCACAAGUUGUACAACAUAGUUUGUAGAAGGUCUUAAACACGCAUUAACAAUGAGAUUACACAGUCCUGUAUAACUGUUUGCUGCAGAGUUCAGGGUUACCAUAAAUACAAUAACCACAUUUGCUCCCACUUCCUUCAAAACCAUGUAUUUGGCAAGUCACAGCAGCAACCAAUUACCCCAGAGCUGCAUGCUGUAACAAGACUGUAUAGGAGUCUUACCAGUAUUCACAAAUAUACAACUGCGCACAGAGCAAACCCUGCCCCUAGGAAUUUUAUAUGAAAAAAGGAAGGAGUUGCAGGAGUGUCAGUGCUUUUAACUGUCCUUGACCACCUCAAACAUUUUUUCUUUUCUUCACAAACUUGAAGCCUCAACAAAUCCUGGUCCUACGUGGGAGCUUAGGAUUAGGCAUGACUUCAGGGUUGGGAACAGUCCUACUGAGUUUGGCCCUGAUGGCAGGGCCCGCUGUAGCCUCUGUCCCCAUCGGGGGUGGGGCGUUCACUCAUAUCAGCAUCACAGGUACAGCUCUAUUGCAAAAAGUGACGGAAACAUGUCGGGCGGUGGCUGAGGCAGCUGGUCAUGAAUUCAAACCCACGGGUUCCUCUCCUGAGGAGUUGGUUAAGGCCUGUCUAGGACCCACAGCAAAAGGAGAGGUGUCAGGUGCUAAGUUUAACUCUGCUCUUCAAGAAAUCAAGAACCAGCAUGGACUGGUAGACCGUGACUUUGUCAACAGUGCGCCACACCAUUUCAACUCAGAGGACUUCCUGGGGGGACGACGCCUAAUCACAGAGGGCAUGGUUGCCAUUAAGACUAACGUUCGUUGGGAGAACUUCCAGGCUGCCAGGGAAACACUGGGCAAAGUUCUUCAUACACUCCAGGACUUCUACAGCCACAGUAACUGGGUGGAGCUGGGAUACACAGAGCCAUACAUCAACCUCAUACGCCCAGAUCUGCCACUGGAAAACCUAGCAGAUGUCAACACUGCCACCUGCAGUGACUGUGCCAGUGGAACAUGCCCUAAUCCCAUCCUCCCCAACAUCCUGAAAGAGAAGAAACUUACAUCAGGCUACAUGGGAAUAUUCUCUUCUGCCAAGCCGAAAGGUAAAUGUAGCCAUGGAGGCGAAGGUGACCUGACUAGUACAACAGUUCCUCGUGGUGGCAUCAACAAAGAUGAACGUCGCUCUGACAAUGUGGCCUUCCAUACUGCUGCUGUGAAUGCAGCUGUAGCUGCAAGUCUCCAGUUGCUAGAGGACAUCCGGUUAGCUGUCGGGGACAAUGACUUUCUGAGAAUGAUGGGGAUUGCCCGCUCAUCUGUUGUGUGCUUUGUUAUUGACACUACCGGUAGUAUGUCUGAUGAUAUCGAUGAAGCCAGGGCGGUUGUUUAUGAAAUCAUUGACAGCAAAAAAGGAACACAGGAUGAACCCUCCGAGUACAUCCUGGUGCCCUUCAAUGACCCCAGUUUUGGGCCUAUGAUCAGGACAACAGACCCUGAUAAGAUGAAAAAAGAAAUCUCUAAACUCAAAGCGACAGGAGGGGGAGAUAUCCCUGAGAUGUGCCUGUCGGGACUUCAGUUGGCUCUGACUGGUGCCCCAGCCUUGUCCUACAUCUAUGUUUUCACUGAUGCCAUAGCCAAAGACAUUGCCCUAAAGGACACGAUUGCUGCUCUCAUCAGGAGAACCAAGUCAACGGUGUCAUAUCUCAUGACUGGGGCAAGUAGGAGGCGCCGUCGUUCCAUCAGAGCUGCUUCCUUUGACGAUUACAAAGACCUGGCUCUGGCCUCUGGUGGCCAGGCCAUCCAGGUGUCCAAGAGACAACUGCCUGAGGCCACAGAUAUCAUCAUUGACACCUCUACUUCAGCUCUAGUUACAGUUCUUCAAAGAGCAAGGCACCCUGGGAAGCAGGAGACCUUUCCCUUCAUGUUGGAUGAAUCUCUCCAAAACGUCACCAUCUACAUCACAGGAACAUCCAUUACUUUCACACUGACCAACCCUGCAGGUGUGAGCCAGAGCAACACUGAGGCCAGUGGUAAACUGGGGACUAUUAAGACAGUUGGUAACCUGAGGAGAAUUCGUCUCAGUGCUGACAAGCUGACAGGAACCUGGCAGCUCAACAUCAAGUCUAACCAACCAUAUACUCUCAAAGUUACAGGCCAGAGUACUAUUACAUUUAUCUAUGACUUUGUGGAAAGUUUCAAGGGACCUCAUCCAGGUUAUGCAGUACUCAGUGGACGUCCACAAACAGGCCAGCCAGCUACCCUGAUGGUUUCAGUAAUGGGAAGGAAAGGUCCGUCCUCGAUGACUGUUGGAAACAUUGGCCUUAUAACUGUGUCUGGUCCUGAGGCUGUGAGCAAUAGCACAAUGACUGACAUGGGCAACGGAGACAUCCUGGUGACUGUUGAUGAGGUUCCUGAGGGAGAGUUUGUGGUCAUUCUGAAAGGAACAGACAAAGUGUCAAACAGUGAAUUUCAGAGGCAGUCUACUACCCAGAUGUCUGUCUCCAAAGUGAACAUCCAGGCUGUGGUGGACAGCAGUGUGGAGCCAGGAGAAGCCUUCAAGCUCCCCUUCCGUGUAAUGACCCAGGGCCCUGGUGGACAGUACUCCAUCAAUGCCAGAAAUGACAGAAACUUCCCCAUGUCCUACCCAAACAGCCUCACCUUGACAACCGGACAAUAUACUAAUAAUAUGUUGACCAUUGCACCACCUGCCAGCACACCAUCAGGCACUGCUAUCACUCUGACUAUGGAAGCCAAGUCUUCCAGUGGUGUUGACUCCAAUUACGUUGUUGUGAGAUUGUCUGUUGUUACCAAGUUCACAGAUUUUGUUCAGCCUUUGUGUGAAGUGGUUAGCGUGUUGGCUGCUAAUUGCCCUCAAGAUGUGUCUCAGUGUAGACCUUUCCAGUGGGAGCUCUCUGCAAACCUUACAGAUGGAAACGGCACCGGGAUAGAGAGCAUCUCCCUGCGACAGGGCAAUGGAACGCUCUCACACACCUCGCUGACUGAUCCCAUCAUCCAGGCGAACUACAAUGCCUCCUGCUGCUCGCAGAUUGUUGAGUUUGUAGCUGUAGAUAAAGUUGGCAAUGUGGGAAAGUGCUAUCACUCAAUUGUUCGUUCGGGUGGCCCUCCUGCUUUAACUCUGUCGCUGCCACUGUGGUUGUGCCUGCUGGUGUCUGUCUUUGUGGUGAGGCCUUGAAGGGCAUAGGGUAGGUUGCUCAGCAUCUUAUGUCUGCAGGCACAUUUACUAUGGAAAAUGUUUAUGUGCGGUAAAUAAUCUUCUAUGGACACACUUACAAUUUUAUAUCAUUAGAAUUUCAUAAAGGUAAGAUUCAGGGCUUUGUUUACAUUUUGUAAACAAAGAAAGUAAUACUCUGGGGAUGUGGACUGAUGGGUUCUCUUAAGACGGUUAGGAUCCUAAGAGAACCAGAGAGCAGCAUGUAUGGCAGAAUGGAACAGUCAGAUUUGAAGAGAAUGAUAAUGUUGUAAAGUAAUAUUUACUAUUGGAAUAAAUGGAAAGGUUGAUAUACAAGAACAA